AUGAGUGGUAAAUAUCAAUCAAAGCCAUACAGACCGGCGAAACCAAGGCGGUACUUCCCUGGUAGACCAAUUUCAGGAGAAGAGUUUGAAGACGAGGACGAGGAGGAUGUCCAAGAAGAUGUCGAUGAGGAUGAUGAACAGGAAAUUGAACGAGAGCAAGAAGCUGCUAAUUUUCAAAAUAGGGAUAAUAUUGAACAACUUUCUGAUACUGUAGAAGUCAAGAAAGAAUCAGAGAUCCAAGAGUCAAUUGUAGAAGAUGAAAGUACCGAGGGCGAGUACGUGACGGAAGAAGAGGACGUCGAGGAAGAAGAACCUGAAGAAACAGUCAACAUCAAACAAGAACCGAAUAAUUUGACAGACCAUAUCAAACAGGACCCAGAUAGAGCACAAUUUACGACUGAUGAAUCUAUAAAAGUGAAAAAAGAGGAGAAACCUGAUGAACAGGACGAGGAAGAGGAUAGCGAAGGGUCAAGUGAUUCCAGUGGUACGGAAGACGAAUCUGAUGAGUCUGACUCGGAAGACCAAGUAACUCUGGCACGACCUGUAUUUAUUCGCAAGAACAAGAGAAAUCAGGCUGCUGUGUCGAAACUUACUGAAUCCAAUACUGCAACCGGACCCUCUAAACAGCACGAAACAGCUGCCCCACCGCAAGAUACAGGAUUAAAAAUCAAUCGAAAAGAAGAAACACUUAAGAUGAUAGAAUCAACUAUUCGUCAGGAGCGUGCUGAAGAGGCUGCUAAGUUUGCGUCGGAUAAUCAAGGAUUAGACGAGGUAGAUGAUACAGAUGAUCUAGAUCCAGUAGCAGAAAGAGAAGCAUGGAAAGAACGCGAACUGGCGAGAUUACGGCGUGCCCGCCAAGAAUUAGAGCAGGAAGAAGCUGAAAAGGAAGAGAUUGAGAAUCGACGACAAAUGAAUGAGCGUGAGCUUACUCGACAAGAUCAGGAAAAAAUCGAACAAGAACGCAAAGCUAAAUCGGAACGCCAUAAAGCAGGAUACAUGCAAAAAUAUUACCACCGCGGAGCUUUCUACCAGGAGGACGAGAUUCUCAAACGGGAUUUUUCUGAGGCUGUUGAGGAUGACUACAAAGAUAAAUCUGUUCUCCCUAAAGCUCUUCAAGUACGAAGUGGUCUGGGACUCAAAGGUAGAAGCAAAUAUCGCACGCUGGCUGAAGAAGAUACCACCAGAGAGCCAGAUACAAAGCGUAGCAGACGAUAG